GUCUUUAGGCUUUAGCCAAGCAUAGAAGUUCAACAGGGAGAGAAAGCAGUAAAAAAAAAAAAGAAAAAAAAAAGAGGAGAACGCACAAACUCUGCCUGCCACAACACAAGAAAACAAAACAAAUAAGCAACCUGCUUCUCCUCCCAUCAAUCAAGCCUUGUUUUUCACUCAUUUUUCUCCUCCAACCAAACAAACCUCCAAAGUUUUCCUAUUUUCUUUCCUUUCUCUUUGAGGGUGGGGAGUGCUAAGGAGAUCUCCCAUCAAUGGAGAAUUCAGCAAGGUUAGUACAAGAGAAGAGGAACUUCCCAUCAUCUCCUUUAAACUCCCCACAUAGCAACGGAAACAACAACAGCAACAACAUGAGCAGCAAUGGGGUUGUCCAAAUUCACACCCCACCCUUGACUCCAAAUCCCAUUUCCAGAUCUGAAACCAACCCUUACCCAACAACCUUUGUCCAAGCUGACACAACUACUUUCAAACAGGUUGUCCAAAUGCUCACUGGUUCAUCAGAAACUGCUAAACAAGCUUCCUCAAAACCUCCAACUCAACAACAAAACCAACAUCAUCAACACCAGCAACAGCAACAAGAUCCACCAUUAUCAUCAAAAUCAUCUUUUCCUAUACCUCCCAUCAAAACCAACUCUCCCAAAAAACAAAGUUUCAAACUUUAUGAGAGAAGAAACAGUAACCUGAAAAACAGCCUCAUGAUCAACACUUUUCUUCCUUCUAGUGUUACAAACAACAGCAAUAUUAGUGCUUUUUGUUCACCAAGGAAUAUUGAGAUCUUGUCUCCAAGCUUGCUUGACUUUCCAAAGCUAGCUCUUAGCCCAGUUACACCCUUAAAUGAAGACCCUUUCAACAAGCCUUCACCUUCUUUAGGGAAUUCAUCAGAGGAAGAUAAAGCUAUAGCUGAGAAAGGUUUUUACUUGCAUCCAUCACCCAUGUCAACUCCUAGAGACACUGAGCCUCAGCUUUUGCCACUGUUUCCAGUUACUUCACCAAAAGCUUCAGGCUCUUAAGAAUUGACUGAAGAAGAAGAAGAUGAUGAAAUUAAUUAUGUAAUUUGAAAGUGAUUUGAAAGAGGCUUAAUGGGUUCUGGCUGAAUUUGAGUGAAAAAAAAAGGUAGAGGAUCUUUCUCCAAUUGUAUGCUUUGAUCUCCCUUUGAUUAUGGUAAAGCUCUUCCUUUUACCUUCCUUUUAAGAUCUUCUUUCUUCAUUUUUAUUGGAUUUUGGUUUGUUACUUAAAACUAUUUAAUUCUCCAUAGAUUAUGUGAGAAAAAUUACUACUAAUUUCCUUAGCUCUUACUUUGUGUUUUACUUUGCAUAAUGAACAAGUCAAAAUUUUUUUUUGGUGGUUGCAUAACGAACCAGGUCAUCUUUCCUUUCCUUUGCAUAAUUUGACUUUCAUGAACUAUUCUUUUGGUUGUCCUUGUUUUUGUUUUUGUGUAAAUGUAAUACUGAUUCCUUUCUAUGUACAAUCAAAACUAAGUCAGCUUGGUAGCUCUUUUCUGCUAAAAGGGUAUAUCAGAAAUGAAAAGUCUUAGUCUCCAAGUUACAACCAUUACAAUUUGUUGUAAGAAUGUUGUUUUCUUUCUUUG